AUUAAGCCCCUUCAAAUUUCAAAUUUCAAAUACUCAGAUCUCUCUCUCUCUCUCCUCUCUGGUCUCUCUCGACGAUUUCCAUUCUCCCGGAGCCACCGAGCUUCUGCAUUUCGUCAAGCUAACCGAGAGCGAAGAUGAAAGCCGAAGAUCAAAGCCAGCUACAGCUCGUCAAACGCCAGGACAUCGACGACGAAGACGACCUCUUCCAAGUGAUCGAUAAGCUGAUUGCUCAGGGAAUCAAUGCCGGAGAUGUUAAGAAGCUUCAGGACGCAGGGAUCUACACUUGCAAUGGUUUGAUGAUGCACACCGAGAAGAACUUGACUGGAAUUAAAGGUUUAUCUGAGGCCAAAGUUGAUAAGAUUUGUGAAGCUGCUGAGAAGAUAGUGAACUUUGGAUAUAGUAAUGGGAGUGAUGCUCUAACCAGAAGGAAGUCUGUGAUUCGCAUUACAACUGAGAGCCAAGCACUUGAUGAACUAUUAGGCGCAGGUGGGAUUGAAACUCGAGCAAUCACAGAAGCCUUUGGGGAAUUUAGGUCUGGGAAAACACAGCUUGCGCACACACACUGCAUAACUACACAGCUUCCUACUAACAUGCAUGGAGGGAAUGGAAAGGUUGCUUACAACAAGGAAUUCGAUUCUCACAAGUGUAAGGCUGAGAAGGAACGCCACUGUGCAAGCAAGAAGAAUGACUUCAAUGCUCACAACCAAAAGGAUAAGGAGGGAAGCAAGAAAGACUUCAAUGCUCAUGGAUCCUGGUUAAUGUUCUUUAUGAUGUUGCUGCUGAAAAGGAAGGUUGAACCAAAAGCAACAAAUGUGGACAAAGUUCUUAAUGCGAGCAAGGAGGACUGUGAUGCUUUCAACCAUUCUGCUGGAGUCUCCUGUGAUGAGAAUGGAAGCAAGAAGAAGGUGUUUGAUGUUCAGAAGAUUGCUGCAGCUGGAGCCAGCCGGUUGAUGUUCUUUUUAAUGUUGCUUCUGUUCACUCUUCCGUUGGCAGAUUCUCAGAAUGUGGAGCACUUGAGAUUGGCCCUGACCAAUCCAAAUGCUUAUUGCUCAUUAAGCGCUUGUGUUGCACCUAUUCCACAGUCUUUUACUCUUCACGGACUAUGGGAUCAGAAUUUUGUCAAGAUUAGUGGAAUAACCCCCUUGAAGUCAAUUCAUCUAAGAGGAGUUUCAACUCAAGAUCUUCUCACCUAUUGGCCAGACCUGUCUGCAGAUCGAGCAAUCCAUGGGAGAAUCAACUGCUUUUCAUUUUGGAGGCAUGAAUGGGGAUCCCAUGGUGCACAUAUAUGUGCAAGGUUUGGCUGCAGAAGAAUCGACUAUUUCAAUUGGUCUCUUAAACUUGCAAGCCAAUGCAUCAACGACCUUGAAGCUCUUUUUGCCAAAUACGGGAUUAUUCGGGAUGGAAAGACCAUGUAUGAUCCAAGAUAUGUACGCAGCAUUAUCUUUCGAGAGCUAGAGGUGCAUGUGUUGGUGAUAUGCAAGCCUCUGCGUGACAGUUACAUUCUCUUUGAAAUUCAUUUUUGCUUGGAUAUGACAUUGGACUUUGCGGAUUGUACCAACUGGUACAGGGAGGAUGCGAGUUAUGUGGAGUGCUAUGGGGAAAGCAAUAAUCUGCAGCCAAUAGUUUUCCCUUCUAAUCCGCUUCCACUUGAAGAACCGUCUGAGCCUCGUGAAGAACUGUAACCGAUGGGGCUUUCAUGUUUGGAUAGAAAACUUCUGUCUUUGGAUAUCGAAUUCUGCUUUAUAUUUCAUGGUGAUGGAAUCUGUCUUUAUUAUGUUACUAGGUACUUUCUUGAUUGUUCUCCAUACAGGAACAAGCUCUCAUAAGAAUCUGCUGGCUGGUUGUAACAAUCGACAUGGACGUGUGUCAAGGACUGGAGUGGAUAUAGAUUUAAGAAUCCAACCAAAUGAAUAAGAGAGUCCAAUAAGAAAUGGAAUUCAAAACA